AUGUCGGCGGCAGAACGCAUCAGCCAAAGAGUGGCGCACUCCAACACUCGAGCGGCUACAUCCGAUUGGGACUCCUCCCUCACGGGCGAGUCGUCUCAGCUACUUGCACGUCUGCAAAAGAUUCGCGCUCGCUCAACAGCCACCACGCAGGGAAGCUCAGUCUCAUCCGCCUCGCAUCUCGCCCGCGGAGCCACAGCAUCAACCUCCUCGUCACCACCAUCGACAUCGUCAGUCACCACGGUCCAUCAGCAAGAUGAUAGUCUCAACAAGGGCGCUUGCGCUCUCGACGAGCUUCGAUGGCAAGAUCACUCCCUCACAUGGACAAGAGGUAGCAUCCUCAUGCGCACCUUCUCCUUUCCCAACCCGGUCUUGCAAGCGUUCUGGACCCUGUUCCAUGUCAGCCCCCCGGACACCAUCCACACCGCUCCUGGCAAAUUACGUGCCAAUCAGCAUCCUGAUCCACCCGUCCGAGCGCUCUGCGUCUUCUUCGAGCAAGCCAUGCACAUUCACUUUCCAGGCCUUGGCGAGCAGGUCGAGAUGGACCUGCCUUUCCGCUUCGCAAAGGCCUUCCCAGCACCGCUAGGCUUUCUCAUCCAGCGCCAAAUCGAAUCGGAAGACGAGCGCAUUGCUUCGAGAUUACAACGUCCCGCAGUCAGGCCUUCGUUGCAACCGUCUUCCAGUGGCAUCGGGUAUCCUUUCCCAGACCUCAGCACAUCGUCCGACUCGAGCCAGAGCCUCUCGCAUCUCCUCGACGAGACCGAUCCUGCAUCCACAUCUCAGAUUCCUCAAGAUCCAUCGCGGCUGCUGCCCAUGGUCUUCUACCUGUCCCGCUGCUACGACGAUCUUGUGCCCGUCGAUCGCUUUCCGCAGCUGUCCUUCUCCCUCGCGCCUUCGACCGACCCUACGCCAACCACACACGGUCCAGCGUCCCCCUUCGGCGAAAUAGACGAGGUCGUCGUCUACGUCUCUACCGAGAACGAUGCGCGAUGGCCACCCUUCGUCGUCACGACGAGUCUGCGAAACUCUGCCAUCCGCGUCUAUGCGUAUGCCGCACGGCCGAACGCCUUCGAAUCGACACCCGCACUGCUCUCGACGCCACGCGCCCCGUCCUCACUCGGCAGCAGUGGCGCUGGUGUCCAUGGCGUUCCCAUCAUCCCUGGUCCUGCCGCCUUUGCGCCUCAGAGCCAGGGAGACGACCAACACCCCGUGACGGGCCUGUCGCGCACUCUCUCCGACACACAGGGAGGUGCUGCCAGCACAGCGCUAGGCAGGGGCUAUCCGUCCACCUCGGUUCGAAGAAGCAGCCGUAUCGAUCUCGACCGACGUACCAGCGGCAUGGUCUCUGCUGGGAUGGGAAGAGAUCCGAGCGGUCGCAGCCGACGUAUCAGCGCGAUGCACUCAGGAGCACCAGACCGCAGAUCCACGGGUCGCAAGGACGAUCAGGCAAGCCAGGGACGAGACCGCACGCUAGGGAACAUCUCUCACACUGCCGAUGGUCUUCGCCUGCAGUCUGGUGCUUACCCUCAUGAAGCUAGGAUGGAAGAGCUUGGCGGUCCUGGCACCAGCAUGCGCAUUCCUGCCAACCCAACCGCAGCGGCUCGCCUACGUCGCAGUUCACAGGCCGUUGCGCGUACACCCUACGGAGGGCCCCGGAACUCGAAUCGCACGUCGUCUUCCUCUGCCAAGCCAAGGAUGUCGAUGAAUCUGUCCCGCCUCGACACCAGCGUCGAUCCCUCUCGGUUCACGUCCGCGAUGCCCACCGGCACCAUCGAUGGGAUGCGCCUAGACGCCAUGGAGGUCGACGAUGCCAUCCUCGACGACGGCGAUGUCGACCUGGCCCGCGUCGCAGACAUGGACAGCUUUGCACGCAGUUUUGCCUGCACAUGCCUCUUGGACGAGAUCAAAAUCCCACAUCUGAACUCUGCCUCCGACCUUGCGGAUUUGCGGGUGAGCGGCUCCUCGUUCGGACACAUCGAUUCGGACGCCACCUACCUGUUCCUGUCCAUGCCAAGUCUGGGUCGAACCUUUGUACGUCGGCUUGGCUAUCAGCGAUUGGGCUCGUACGACACGUAUCGAAACCUUCCCUUCUGCAAAGCACCCAGCAAGCUGCAGACUGCUGCCGCCAUUCCAUGCAUCGGAGUCUUGCCGGUAUCGGUGCUGGGUCCAGAAUCGACGCAAGUUCUGGCAAUGUCCCGAGACGGAGCUUUACAACUUCACUUCGGGCUUCCAUCUCCAGGCAUUCCGUCACUCGACAUCACCACGUUCGGACCUCUGGCGCCGGAACUCAAAGACAUUAGGCAAGAUGCAUCCUCACUCUGUCUGGAGGCAGCGCCGACCUUGGGCAGGUCUGGCUUUCAGCUCGUGACAACGAAAUCGCAACAGCGUAUCGAUGUCCAGCUCGACUUCCGUCCGAGAUGUGCUACAGCCGCUCGAGUACUCGGGGUCCUAUCGCAGACCGUGCCAAAUCAUCUCGCGGCAAAGAUCCAGGCUCGGUGGGUCGAGGCGCGCUUCUUCACGGAAGGUCCACUGACGUCAAGGCACGGGCAUACUGCAAUGGAUGCAGAUUGGGCAGCUCUUUCGCUAGCCUUGGGGCUCUCGUCGUCACAGCCAACUGCUGACCGCACAAGUGCCCGCUGCGCGACAGCACACCGUCUGUUCGCCCAAGAUCCCCUCCUGCAAGGCCUCGCUCCCUUCACCGCUGUCGACUCGGCAGGCUGGAAUGCGGCACCACAAGGGACGCUGAAGAACAACCUGGAUCCGACCGAGUCCGGCCCCCUUCUGUUUACGCUGUACCUGCUGGCCGAGGAGAUGCAGUUGGACACUUCCCACUCGCAAGGCGAGGUCAAGAAAGUGGCAGAGCUGAGUGCCGCCCUGGCACAGCGCUGCAGAUCAUCCGCCUGGACGGAAGCCCUCCGCUGUCGCGUUGCCUUGCGUCAAGGCGCGUCGCAGCUUGGACAAGGGUCAAAGCAAAGUCGAAGCAUGGACGCAGACGGGCAGGAGCCACCGCAAGACUUCUAUCAGGUGCUCCGCCGUCUGCUCUCUGGCAGCCGCGCCCAAGCGUCUUCGCUUCGGAGCUGGAUCGAGCCCACUGCCGGUCUUGCACAGCUCACCCACGCCGCUGCUGCCUUCCCGAUGCUGGAUGCGGUUCUUCGCACCUUUUCCGUGUUCAGCCAAGCGCACAAAGAUCGUCAGCACCUCGCAGCGGCCGUUGUCGAAAGUACGAUCUCGAACGGACUGGAUCUCGAGCGAUUGCGAGCGUUGCCUUUUGGCAUCUCGCUUCCCUUGUACGAGGCCAUGCGCUGCUGUCAGGUCGAACCACCGAGUGGCAAGAGUGCCGCCUUCUACCACAUGACUCAACGUGCAGAGCUCGUUCUCAAUGCUUGGCCGCUGCGUGGCUCCUUGAGCACGGCGAACGCGCGCAAGAUCCCAGAGCAGCUGGUUCGAACCUUGCCAGAGGACGUCUCUCUGGAUGCCAUCUGUGCCCAGCUGUUCAGUCGAGACUUUCGACUGCGCGAUGUGGUGGCGAUGCUCAGGACCGACUCGAUCAACUCGGUCUACGUUGCCGAGGGCGAAAGCCAGACGGAGACCGCCAUCACCGAACAGCACAACGCAGCCGUCGCAGCGAUCGGCGAACGUACCAAGGCGCUUCCAGCGGGUCGAGCCAUGCUUUUUAUGACAUCGCAGCGCUUCUCUCCCACGCACAAGUGGCGAAUUCCGUCGAUCUGCUUGACCGUCAAAGUGAGACCGCGCGGUCUGACCAUCGAGCCAGAAACGAAAGCGGACGCGGCCGGCUUGGACUGGCCUGAGUUUCACAAUGGCGUUGCUUCGGUGCUCGAGCUCCACUUGGCCUCCGACAUCACGGUCGACUCCAAAUGGAUCUUUGCGCACCUGGGCGAACAGGUCACUGCACGUCACGCAGGCUUCUUGUACGGACUCGGUCUGAUGAAGCAGCUGCCGUCGUUGACGCCCAUUCAUGUCUUCCGAUACCUCAAGAUGCGCAACAAUCUGCUCACCAUCGGCUUUCUGCUCGGAGUGGCCGUGUCCACCGUAGGCACGGCCGACCCCACAGCGCGAAAUUUGAUCGGGAUGCAGCUCCCCGCUUUCCUGCCGCCCGACUCGGCACCGCUCAACUUGUCCACCAUUACGCAAACCGCCGGCCUGCUCGCGAUGGGACUUCUCUUCCUUGGCAGCAAUCACCGCUGGACGGCCAAACGCAUGUUGGACCAGAUCGGCGCGCAAGAGUCUUCGACUCCCCACCUUCAGCCGCAAUACCGCGAGGCCUAUUCUUUGUCAGCGGGUCUCGCGCUGGGUCUGGUCUACCUCGGCAAAGGCCGAGGCGAGGGCAUGAAGAGCUUACCAGACAAACGCAUCCUUGCUCGCCUCAUUCAUCUCAUUCAGGGCAGCAGCAACGUCGGCAAGGGUGCAACCCUCGCGGGCGGUCUUCGAGCCGACGACGCCGGCAAGGACGCCGGCGAGAUCAAUUUGACUUCGGCGCCUGCUGCUCUCGCCUUGGGUCUGGUCUACCUGCGCUCGGGCAGUCCGACGAUGGCCGAUGUGGUUGCGCCUCCUCGGACAGCUCGCGAGCUCGACUCGCUCCGCCCCGAUGUGCUCUUUGCCCAUGUGCUGGCUCGCUACCUCAUCCUGUGGGAUAUCAUCCAGCCGACAAAGGAAUGGCUUUUCGGCGUCCUCCCCAUGUGGAUGCAGAGGCGCAUAGAGUGCGGCAAGACGCUAUCCGAGGCGGCACAGCUGGCUCAGAUCAACAUGGAGACGGGCGCUUGCUUUGUGAUCGGACUCAAGUAUGCGGGCUCGAAAGAUGCAAAGGCAAGCCAUUGCUUGUGGGAGCAGCUCAACAGGCUGGAGAAGCAGGCCAAGGUGCAGGCCGUUUCGUUCUUUGCCAAGAUCCGCAAAUCAGCCCUUCAAGCGGCGCUGGACCAAGCGAGGAUUGCGCUCGCGAUGGUCCUCGCAGGCAGCGGAGACGUUGACCUGCUCCGGCAUCUACGAAGAGCGCACGGCGAUGUGGAUGGCGAUACGUGUUACGGUAGCCACAUGGCGACGCACAUGGCGCUGGGACUGCUCUUCCUCGGCGGAGGGCGAUUCACGCUGGGAACGUCGGAUCUGGCGGUCGCAGCCCUGCUGAUUUCUUUCGUGCCUCCCUUCCCUCGAUCCAGCGGUGACAAUCGUGCGCACCUGCAAGCGUUCCGCCACCUUUGGUACCUCGCCAUCGAGCCAAGGUUGCUUGUCGCUACGGACGUCGACUCGAAUCAGCUCGUGAGCUUGCCCGUCCACAUUGCUGAAGGCGAUGCUAUCGCGAGCGACAACAAACGCACCUUUACUCCACUGCUGUUGCCGAAUCGCCACUUGUCUGGAUCCAUUCGAAGCGCCACAGAUAGGUACUGGUCAGCCAGCAUCGACGGCAGCUCGAUAUCGGAUCGCAAUGUGGUGACGGGAUCGGCAGCCGCUCGGGCUGCACGAGCGUCCGCUUCUGCCACAUCGCAGAUGCUCUUUGUGAAGCGCAAGGCGGCUCACCUGGACUAUCUUGCCGACCCUAACGGCAGCCGAAGCUUGACCUCGCGCGCUCUCGAGACAGCGCCGAUGGAUGUGUCGGGAGACGCUGCCGAACGGAUCGGACCCGGCGUGCCUGAGCUCAGGGAAGCGACGCGCGGCUUCUCGGCUGCAGGCAAGCAGUGCGAGCUCGUCCGUUGCUUGGGUCAGAUCUCUGGGUCGUCGUCGGACGCCGACCAAAUUAGCCAGUCGGACGCAACGGUGUCAGCGAUGCGAGCGCUGGUGAUGGAAUGUCUGACGAUGGACAAGAUGUAUGUCUUGCCCGCGUACGCCAGCAUUGUGCAGCUGAAGCACGACAAUGGCGUCGACGCUCUGUUUCAACCGUCUCGUGACAUCCGCCUCGCCGAUGACUUCUAUCAGCAUCACUUUGCACGCCUGUUUGCAGAGGGCAACGACGACGGUGCCAGCAAGCCGUUGCCGUUGGUCCAGCCUGCUUUGCUGACGUUGUUACGGCUGCAUGCGCAAGAGCAGGCCAGGAAGGUCUUCGAAGGCGACGCAGCGGUCCGAGAUGCUGUGACGGAAUGUCUCAUUUCGAGGCCAGGGGUGGGCUUCAGCGCCGCCCUCUUAGAGGCUGAAGACGCUUGGAAGGUGAUGGUGAUGAGCGAGAUGCCUAGCAUGAACGAGGUGCGCGGUCUGGUUGACUUCAUCCGGCAAUUCAUACGUUCGGCUCAGCCAGCCGCGGGUCCAACUGAUGCUACGCAACUCAGAGAGAAGGUCCACAUGGUCACCGAUGCAGCCUUUGGAGGCCCCAACAGAGCGCCUUGGACUGCUUUCAUCCUCGAUCAUGUCAUCGACGAGUUGCUUGGCGGGUCUUGA